AUGGUGGCACCGCCACAGCCACAGCCACAGCCACAGUCAGGGCCAGCGGAACGUCAACAACAAACGACGCCCACGAAUCUCUGCCUCUGCCUCUGCCUCUGCCCUAUGCUCUCUGUCGACACGAAGAGCCGAAUAACCGAAGUCCUUGCCCCAUGGACGCACGGUGGUUCUGUAAUAUCUACUGGCCCACUGCCAGAUGGUUGCCCACUGACGUCGCGUGCGCUUGGAUCUGCUCUCGUACUCGCGAUUCUCGGAAUUUGUGUUUUCUGCGUGCGUGUCGGCCGCCUCAUGGCCUUUGGAGGGGAAUCAUAUCCAUACCCGAUCAUGUGGCCCGUGCAGAACGCCACUAAAUGGAACGACUCCCUGGCGGAGGAGGAACAUACGGCAGAAGGAGCAGGAGCGCUACCAGGAGCACACUCAUCCGGUUUGAGUGCGGGCCAUGUGCUCUGGCUGGCCAUCAAUGCGCUGCUCUUUGUCCUCAUUCUGGGCGGGAAUGUGCUCACCAUUGUCGCCGUCCGCACCUGCCGCAACCUGCGCUCCGUCAUCUCAAAUCUGUUCAUCCUCUCGCUGGCGAUAUCCGACUUUUGCGUGGGCCUGGCCCUGCCCUACCACCUGGUCUUCUACAUGGGCUCCGACCUGGGCGCCAUGCGGGGCCCCUGCCUGCUGCGCUUCUUCCUGUUCAUCUGCGCCUGCUGCGUCUCCAUGCUGACGCUCAUCUCGAUAGCCGUCGAUCGGUACUUGGCAGUGGUCUACGCCCUUCACUACAGGAGAUACAUGACUCGUCGUGUGGCCUAUGCCAUCAUCACCUCCAAUUGGUGUGCCGGCGCCCUGGUGGCCCUGAUGCCGGUGUUCUGGAACCGCUGGACUUUGGCGCAAGCCUGCGAAUUCGACGAGGUCCUGUCCCCGGGCUACGUGGCCGGUGUAAUAACGCCGGGCUUCGUGAUCAUCUGGAUCUGCAUGCUGAUGGUCUACUGGCGGAUAAUGCGCGAGGCCUCCAAGCAGGCGCAGCGGCUGAGGCAUGCGUCGUGCGUGGUCUACGACACGGACAGCAGCAGCAGGGGCCUGCUGCAUCCCGACUGGAAGAGCGUCCAGAUCGUGGUCUUCAUCAUGGGCUGCUUCACGCUCUGCUGGCUGCCGUACUUCUGCGUGGCGAUUGCCCAGCUCUUCAGCAUCUGCCGCAGCAGCUCGAUGAUCUACAAGACCACCUUCUCGUUGGCCAUCGCCAACUCGGCCCUCAAUCCGAUCAUCUACUCGUGGAAAAACUCCGGCUUCCGGCGCGCCUUCGCCCAGACCCUCUGCUGCAAGUCGACGCGUUUCUGCCACGUCGAUGGCGGCGACGAGGAGGCCGAUCAGCUGCCACCGGACUGCAAGCACCGGAUCGAUAGGGAGUUGGAGGCGGCCUCCUCCUCCGCCUCAUCAUCGGCCGCUUACCACACGGCCAUCAAAUCCGACUCUAAGUCCAAGUCCACUCAGUCCCCUCCCUCCCUCUCGCCCACACAGUGA